AUGGCAUUAUACUAUUAUUCCACAAGGGCCUCAGGAGGAGCUUUCUACUACCAAGUUUGGACAACCAUGGCUUCUUUCCUUCGUUUAUGGAGCUUCACCUUCUUCCUGAUGGUAUGGAUAUUGACGAUCAUCAGCAAAUCUGCCGCCAGUUAUUCACCGGUGUACAAGCCUAGCCCAUGGGCCCUUGCUCAUGCCACGUUUUACGGCGACGAGUCGGCUUCUGCAACCAUGGGAGGAGCUUGUGGUUAUGGAAACUUGUUCAACAACGGUUAUGGAACAGACACAACUGCUCUGAGCUCAACACUGUUCAACAAUGGCUAUGCAUGUGGUACUUGCUACCAGAUAAAGUGUGUUCAGUCAUCUUGGUGCUUUAAAGGCUCACCCUUCAUCACUGUGACCGCCACAAACCUUUGCCCACCCAACUGGUCAGAAGACUCCAACAACGGUGGGUGGUGCAACCCACCUCGAAGUCACUUUGACAUGUCCAAACCUGCAUUCGAAAAGAUUGCACAGUGGAAGGCUGGCAUUGUCCCUGUUAUGUACCGCAGAGUACCAUGCAUCAGGAAAGGUGGACUUCAAUUCUCUUUCCAAGGAAACGGAUACUGGUUGUUGGUGUACGUGAUGAACGUCGCCGGAGGCGGUGAUAUCUCCGGAAUGUGGGUGAAGGGAAGCAGAACAGGGUGGAUAAGCAUGAGCCAAAACUGGGGAGCUUCGUACCAGGCAUUUGCAACUCUGGGUGGCCAAGCUCUUUCUUUCAAAAUUACCUCUUACACAACCAAACAGACUAUCUUAGCUAGGGAUGUUGCCCCUUCAAAUUGGAAUUUUGGAAUGACUUACCAGACAAAUGUCAACUUCCUUUGA